CCAGCUGUCUUCCUAAAAAGAAAGCUGGAAAUAAACUACCUAAUUUGCUUCUGAACAUGGUAUCAAAAAAACUACUGCUGAGAAUUUGAUUUAUAGAGACAGUAUGGUUCGACUGACCUUGGAGUUGAUUGCCAGAAACAGCAAUCUGAAGCCUCGAAAGGAUGAAACUAUUGCACAAUGCCUGAAGAAAAUAACUCAUAUAAAUUUUUCAGAAAGAAAUAUAGAUGCAAUUGAUGACCUCUCUCAUUGCAAAAAUCUUAGUGUUUUAUAUUUAUAUGAUAACCAUAUUAGUCAAAUCACUAACCUGAAUUAUGCCACCAAUCUAACCCACCUGUACCUACAAAACAACUGUAUUUCAUGUAUAGAGAACCUCACAUCAUUAAAGAAACUGGAAAAACUGUAUCUGGGAAGCAAUUACAUUGCUGUCAUAGAAGGUUUGGAAGGAAUAGAACUCAGAGAGCUUCAUGUUGAGAGUCAGCGGCUUCCCCUUGGAGAAAAGCUUUUGUUUGAUCCGAGAACUCUUCAAUCUCUGGCAAAAUCUCUCUCUAUAUUGAAUAUCAGCAACAACAAUAUUGAUGACAUAAGAGACUUACAAAUCCUGGAGAAUCUUAAUCACCUCAUAGCCGUUGACAACCAACUUCUACAUAUGAAGGAUUUGGAGUUUUUACUGAACAAGUUGAUGAAGCUACGGAAAAUGGAUCUAAAUGGAAAUCCUGUUUGUCUCAAACCCAAAUACAGGGACAGGCUAAUACUGGUAUCCAAAUCACUAGAAUAUCUUGAUGGAAAAGAAAUUAAAAACAUGGAAAGACAAUUUCUGAUUAACUGGAAAGCAUCCAAAGAUGCCAAGAAAAUCAUCAAGAAAAAGAUCAGUAAAGAUGAAGAUGCAAAAAACCCUUACAUAGGCAACUUUGAAACAAUGCAUCACAUAGUUCCUGUUUAUUACCCACAUGUGGGUAAGCCAAAAUUAGUCUUUUUCUCUGACAUACAGAACUACCUUGCAAAUAGAAAUGCAUCUUCUGAAAGUUCUCUAGAAGAUAACUCUACAACUGCUGAAGAUAUGGGGAAUCUGUCUUUGAAGGAAUCUGAAAAGUUGCUAACAAAUAAUGAUAUACAUGAACCUCACCUUCUCCAAAACCCAAAAGUAAAUGAAAAUGUGUUUGUGGAAAAGGAGUAAUACCAUCCUCAAGUGGUCUGAUUUCCUCACUGUAUGGAACUGAACAACAUCUUUUGAAGGGUCUGUGGUUAAACGGUGUCUCAGUAUAUGAGUUAAGUUCUUGUUUGAUUUGCUUCUUUGUAGAACCGGAGACUUUGCUUUCCACAUGCAAAUUCAACGAUCUGUGUUUAUCACUCUGCACGCGAUUUACUGGGAAAAUAAAGAUUUGC